AUGGACUUCGCAAGUCUCACGCGACCGGCAGUCAUCUGUCAUUGUCGCCGUUGCUUCAGCUCUCUGGCCGUUCUUGAAAAUGAAUGGGCCGAAGUUUCCAACUUCUAUGCCACCUCAACCGCCUGGGUGAGCGUCGACGCCGACCGUAUCUCCGUUUCUUCUCAACGAAAGAGAAUCCCCGAUCACAGCGAUGCCAGUCUCAUCAGAGGUCGUAUCACGCAAGAGGCAUCUUGCAGAAUGUGCCCGAGCUCCUCGAAACUCGGUGUUCUCGUCGAAAUGGACAAUGGAAGUCGUAUCCAUGCGUCCAACGGAACCCGUCUUCAAGGAGGGUGCAAUCAACAAACUCCUUCCCCACCACCAAAGGAGACCCUGCGAAGCACCCGCAGUUCUCUCCAAGGUGGUGCUUUAAUCCCCGCCGGUGGUACGGACUUUCGCUCUUUGGACCCUGUCAUGCAGCACCACAUGCAACACCAAGGUCGAAGCAUCGAUCAAAUUUCCAGCUCAGUCAACAAUAUGCACGACACGAUAGCCGACCUCAAACUCUCCUUCAACUCCCUCCGAAUCGAGCUCAAUGUCCCGACGCGGUACGGAGGUGAAGGCAGCGGACCCGGUUUCGAUAUGGUUGCCACGGUCCUAAGGGAGCUGAAAUCAAAGUCGGAUGAGAUUGAAAAAUUGAAGCUGGAGAUCGAGGCGUUGAAAUUGAAGGCUCGUAUCGCAGAGGAUUCGAAACCACAUACUCCGGAAUACAUGGCAGGGCUCGAGGGAGCGCUGCCGCGAAUGCAAAGCCCCGAUCUGCUGCAGGCCGGCCGGAAGCGUGGUUGGGCAGAUACCUUCUCAGCCGGAAAUACACUGGCCGUCGCAGAUACAUUUGAUGAGAAUGAUAUGGAGGACGACCUUUCCAUUACGGGCCCCCUCCCUUCCGAUGGCCCACAUAUCCCUCUGAGAGACCUGGCGCACAACUACGAGCGUCGGCCGUGGAGCGCGGAACUCGGUUCGCGCGAUAUAUCGAUUAAUCGCGAAACAAGACCUCCUCAUCCCGUGCAAAGCCCAGCGAAGAAACAGCGUCUCACCCACGAUCCAGUCGAUUCCAUUCCUUUGAAAAGACGACCUGGUCGACCUAAGAAAUCUGAUGUUUCCAAUGAAAAGGAUAAGGAUUAUCGAGGGCCUGGACGCCCUCGCCGCAGCGUCGUUCCUGCAUCUGAUGGAACAGCGGAUCAAGAAACUGCAGACGAUUCAAAUCCCCAUCAACACUACUCCACGCCAGCUGGUUACACGGUUAUCCAUGACCCUUCCCAAAUUCAAAAUGAGACAAAGGGUGGAAGCCGAUCAAAAGAGGAUGCAACUAUGGAUAACCAAAAUACCCCCAUGGCCUCAACUGAGACGCAAAAUGGCACUACGCCAACGGAAAACGAAAUAGCAGAUACCCCGAAAGCCCCCUUGAAUGCCAUCCCGACAAUUGAUGCACCAAAGGGUACCAACACAAACGAUGAUAUACCAGCGGGCGACCUAACCGCAUCUCAAACCAUGACUGAGAAUGGAAUUGACUUGACUGGUGAUGCAGCUGUGAAUGAUCAGAAGGCCAAGACCAAUAAAAAUGAAGCCGCAAAUGGCGCAAAGCUCGCCCGCGCUGGAAGUGGCAGGAAAAAGCGCAAGGCCAGUCUCGCGGCGCGGGACGCCAUGAUUCGAAACGAGAUGCAGCGGGAGGAGGCAAUGGAGACCGAGCAACCCGACAAUGGUUUCUGA